CUCGGAUUGCAUCUGUCAUCAUGGCGCAACAGAGCGCGCGUGAAGCGAUAUUUAUGCGGGGCGUAUACGGACGUGUAGUCGCGCAAAAUUAACGUGUUUUGGCUUCGCCCGAGAGCGAAACGGGGAGACUGUGUUGUGCCAGCAUGGACAAGCAGCCGUACAAACUGAGCAGCGUGCUGCUAGGUCAUACCGGGGAUGUAAGAGCGGUGGCAACCUUCGCUGACGGUACCGUCGUGUCGGUUUCCCGGGACAAGACCGCGCGCGUAUGGAAACCGACCGGGAAGGAUAAUGAAUAUGAACAGAGCGCAAUAUUGACAGGUCACUCUAAUUUUGUCAGUUCAGUUUGCGUUAUAAACCCAUCAGAAAGUAAUCCCAAAGGUUAUAUCAUUACCGGCAGUAAUGACAGUACCAUAUGUGUCUAUAUGGCGGAUCAAACAGUACCUGUGCAUACAUUAAUGGCACAUCAGAAUACCGUGUGUAAUUUAAGGACUGGGAAGAAGGACAAUACGUUUCUUUCGAGUUCUUGGGAUCUCACUGCUAAGUUAUGGGAUAUAGGAAAUUUAAAUAAACCGCAAUUGGAUCUCACAGGUCAUACUGCCGCGGUAUGGUGCGUGGCAGACUUAUCGAGUGGCAAUAUAGUGACUGGAUCAGCCGAUAAGUUGGUAAUAGUGUGGGCAAGAGAUGGUUCGAUACAACAUAAAUUAACAGGACAUACAGACUGCAUUCGUGACAUAGUUGAUAUAAAAGAGGACGAGUUCCUAACUUGCGCCAAUGAUGCUACUAUAAGGCACUGGAACGCAAAACUUGGAACCUGUUUAGGCACUUAUUGCGGGCACGAGAAUUAUAUUUAUAGCAUAGCAGCCAUUCCGAAUGGCACAUAUGUUUAUUCAUCUGGAGAAGACAGAACUAUCAGAGUAUGGUACAAUGCAGAAUUGAGUCAAACCAUUGUUCUGCCGACGCAAUCGAUAUGGUGUAUUGAAUUGUUCUCAAACGGUGACAUAGUCGCCGGAAGUUCCGACGGUGCCGUUAGGAUAUUCUCGUCCGAUCCCGAACGAUACGCGAAUUCGGAGACACUGCAAGCGUUUGAGAAGGAAGUGGCAAAUACCACUCUGAAUGCAGAGCAAGUAAUUGGAGACAUCAACAUAAAAGAUUUACCAGACUCAAAAGUUCUUCUACAACCUGGCCAACGAGAUGGUCAAACAAAGAUUGUAAAUGAAGGGGAUGCAGUUAGAGCGUAUAGUUGGUCGCAAAGUGAACAACGGUGGAUAAAAAUUGGCGAUGUGAUGGGAGCAUCCGGCAGUACCGCGGCUACAUCCGGAAAACAACUCUAUAAUGGCAUAGAAUAUGAUUAUGUUUUUUCGGUUGAUAUACAAGAUGGCGUGCCACCUUUGAAACUUCCAUAUAACAAAGGUGAAGAUCCCUGGCAUGUUGCACAAAAGUUCCUUCAUGACAAUAAUCUCAGUCAAUUAUUUUUAGAUCAGGUUGCAAAUUUUAUAGUAAAGAAUUCUGAGCCAGCUCCAGUUUUGUCUACUGGAUCUCAAUAUGUAGAUCCUUUUACAGGAGGAAACAGAUAUGUUCCUGGAUCAGGAACAUCGUCCAGUACGCCCGAUGUUACUGUGCAAUCUUCGAUGUUUAGUUCUUCCAAUACGUCUGCAUCACCUUCCUAUAUACCUCACUUGAAGUAUUUAAAGUUAGAACAAGCAAAUAUGUCUGCCAUUUUCGAAAAAUUAAACGAAUUAAACGUUAAACAAGAAAGUAUGUAUAAAAUACCAGAGGAGAAACUAGACGCGAUAGGAAAACUCGUAGGCGGUCAAGUGUCCGAAGAAGUUAAGGCCAGUGCUAUCAGUGCACUAAAGAAUCUUCUAGAUUGGCCGAACGAUACAGUGUUCCCAGCGCUAGAUAUAGCGAGACUUGCUGUGCUUCACAAGGAAAUAAACAAUCAAUUGUGUACAGAGGAACUGUUGCCAGUCAUAGAAAGGCAUAUCAAACCUGAUGCAACUCCGUCGAAUCAAAUGCUCACCUUUCGACUAAUAGCCAAUAUGUUCCAACACGAAAAGGGAGAGAAACUUUGUCUCGAUCAUCGGGAUGAGAUAUUGAAGUCUCUGCUGAAUCUGCAAUCUUUUGGAAAUAAAAAUAAUCAAGUCGCAAUAUCGACGUACAUCUUAAAUCUGAUUGUAGCAUUAAAUAAGUAUAAUGAUAUGCCUGCUAGAACGAGAGCGCUAAAUGUAUUAUUUGCCAUGUUACCCCGUUUGAAUGAGCCUGAAGCAAUAUUCAGAGCUUUAGUUGGACUGGGAACGCUAUUAGCUGCUACACCAGAUCCUAGUGAUCGUAACGAACUAAUUAGCGCUGUGCGACAAUCAGAAACUGCUUUGAACGUUCUUAGAACUCUGUCGGAAAGCGGGACCGAUAUCAGUACGACAAACAAAUUGGUAAACUGUUCCAAGCAAAUUAUCGAUUUGAUUAUUUAAUACGCUUACGAAUGGUUGGAACACGCUAUUUAUACAACUGUUACGAAAAUAAGCUUUAUUAAACGGAGGAAGAGAUUGAAAAGAUUAUAUAAUAAUUAAUGCAAAUGAUUACUACAAAAUAAAAAAAAAAAUUUAAGAUGCACCAAUAUAUAGCUUUGGUAAACGCAAUUGAAAGUGCGAAGUAAAAGUAAGUUUGUGCACAUAUAUGCAUGUUUUGUAGUUUGGUUAUUCAAUCCAUAAAAUAUAGUAAGCAAAAAUAAAAAUACAUUUUUUCAUAUGACUAA